AUGGAAAUGAGUGAAGAAAACUUGAUCUGUGAAUUGAGAACAUGUACAAAUUGGAAUAUAACAAUUAUCUCUUUAUUCAAAAUUAAUUUUGAAAAAUUUCAAAUUGUUGAAGAUAUUGUUAAUAGUAUUUUGGAGGAUUGUCGUUGGAAAAAUUAUACAAUUAAUAUAAGAUUUUUGACGAAAGAUUUUAAAUUUCAUAAUAUAUCAAAUACUAUGCUUCCAAUUGAAUUAACACCAGAAAUAAGAUUAUUAUCACUUUAUACAGCUGAUGAUGAAAUGACAUCAUAUAAAGCUUCAACUAUUUUUGCAAGUGAUAAUAUGUUUGGAGCUAAUAAAAUUACUGGUAAUUAUAUAUUAGUAUUAACAGAUAUAGAAAAUGUUAUACGUGAUGAGGUUGUCUUGAAGUAUGUUGAUAAUGAAUUAAAAAGAAAAAAAAUUCAUCUUAGAGUAAUUGAAAUAAUUUUGGAUACAGAAAGAAAAUUAUUAUCUUCUAAAGUUCAUCAUUCUAAUUACAAAUUGUUAACUAGAUCAAAAGAUAAUUUAGGACGGGUAUCACUUAUUGAAACAUAUGACAUUUUAGAUAGAGUAAAACCUUGUCCUAGUUUAACAAACCUUCAAAAAAUACAUCAAUAUGGUGAGUUACUGAAGGAACGACAAAUAACUUGGGCACUCGAUCAUAUAAAUGAUUUUAUAAUCGGAGGAAUAAUAGUUUUGAUUGCGAUAUUGGCGGGUUUCUUAGCAGCUCUAUACGAUUUAUGGAAUAAAAAAAAGGAUAAAAAAUUGAUAAAAUCUUAA